ACUGCCCUGGGCAUGUGAAGGGGCCGCUCCUCAAUGAGAGCAGGUAAACGAGGGCCAGUCAGGCUCUGGGCUCAUCCAGGUGAGGGGCGGUGGCUCGGGGGGCCGGCACACGGUGCAGCCGCUGGGCAGCCGAGGGCGCGGCCUGCGGCCCUCACCCCGCGGCCCUCACCCAGCAGCAGCGCGGCAGCUCCGGUUCCGCCCGGCCGCGGUUCCGCAGCUGCAGCGCUGCCGCCGCUCAGGGGCGGGCGGGGCCGGGCGCUCCCCGCCUCAGCGGCUGCGCGGCCUCAAGCGCCCCUCAGCAUGGCCGGCCCGGCUCCGGGCCCGCCGGUGAAGGUGCUGGCGGCGCAGCUGCGGCGGGCGGAGCGGGGCGCGGGCGGGACCUGGCAGCUGCGGCGGGCGGCGGCGGGCCGGGCGCCGCUGUCCCUGCGGGCCGUGUGGAUGCAGGGCACCGUGCUGGAGGUGCAGCGCGGCGACGAAGGCGGCUCGGCCCGGCUGCAGGACGGCAGCGGCGCCUUCACCGUGCUGGGCGUGGAGCAGGUGCCGCAGGGACGGCCGUGCCUCAGCGCAGGAAAAUAUGUAAUGGUGAUGGGUGUGGUGCGGUCCUGCAGUCCUGAGCCCAUUCUUCGAGCAAUAAAGAUGACAGAUCUCUCUGAAAACCCUGUCCAUAAGGAUAUGUGGAACCUUGAAGUGGAAGAUUUGCAAAGAGUCAUCCCCUAAUACUUUUACUUUCUGCCUAAAAUAACUGGAAAUUUGGUUUCUUUUGCUUUUUGGUUCAGAACAUUGGACUGUUCUCUGUAACCACUCCUGGAGUAAAGCAAAGUGAGAAGUUGGGCUCAGUUAAGUGUUGGGACCAGUGCUUGCCUGAUAAUAAUCACAAUGUUCAUGUCUUCCAGUCUCUUUUUAUAUUUGAGAAAUGCCUAUUUGAUGUUUUGAGUAAGAUGUCCACACUAUUAAAGGGCUGUAUGUU